AGUAACCAUGUGGAUGUUCUGCUGAAGCGUUUCCUCAAGCUUGCUGGGGUGGGAGGAGUGGAGGAGGAGGAGGUGGUGGUGGAGGAGGAGGAGGCAGGGGGUGGAGAGAGAGAGAGAAAGCGCACGCCGAGAGGAGGUGUGGGUGUUCCGCUUCCAUCCUAACGGAACGAGCUCCCUCUUCGCGGACAUGGGAUUACCUAGCGGCUGCUAACCCCUCUCCUCGUCCUGCUCCCCCAAGUCGGAGUGGCUCCCUGGGCACCAAGGCGCUGACUACCGAGGAGCAGGAUUCGCAUUCCUGGCUGGGCGUACUUUGGUAACAGAGUGCCUGACCCGGGGUCAGGAUUUUCAAGGAAGCCAUGUCUGACAAAAUGGCCAGUUUCCUACAUAUCGGAGACAUUUGUUCUCUGUACGCCGAGGGAUCGACAAAUGGAUUUAUCAGCACCUUGGGCCUGGUUGAUGAUCGUUGUGUUGUACAGCCAGAAGCUGGAGACCUUAACAACCCACCUAAGAAAUUCAGAGACUGCCUCUUCAAGCUGUGUCCUAUGAAUCGCUACUCGGCCCAGAAGCAGUUCUGGAAAGCCGCCAAGCCAGGGGCCAACAGCACAACCGACGCAGUGCUGCUGAACAAACUGCACCAUGCCGCGGACUUGGAAAAGAAACAGAACGAGACAGAAAACAGGAAGUUGCUGGGGACCGUGAUCCAGUAUGGCAACGUGAUCCAGCUCCUGCAUUUGAAGAGUAAUAAAUACCUCACUGUGAACAAGAGGCUUCCAGCUCUGCUGGAAAAGAACGCCAUGAGGGUGACCUUGGACGAAGCUGGGAACGAGGGGUCCUGGUUUUACAUUCAGCCCUUCUACAAGCUGCGGUCCAUUGGAGACAGCGUGGUCAUAGGUGACAAGGUUGUUCUGAACCCUGUCAAUGCUGGCCAGCCCCUGCAUGCCAGCAGCCAUCAGCUGGUGGACAACCCUGGCUGCAAUGAGGUCAAUUCCGUCAACUGCAACACAAGCUGGAAAAUAGUCCUUUUCAUGAAAUGGAGUGACAACAAAGAUGACAUUUUAAAGGGGGGUGAUGUGGUGAGGCUGUUCCACGCUGAGCAAGAGAAGUUUCUCACCUGUGAUGAGCACAGGAAGAAGCAGCACGUCUUCCUGAGGACCACAGGCCGGCAGUCAGCCACAUCUGCCACCAGUUCAAAAGCCCUGUGGGAAGUGGAGGUAGUCCAACAUGACCCGUGCCGAGGUGGAGCCGGGUACUGGAACAGCCUCUUCCGCUUCAAGCACCUGGCCACAGGGCACUACCUAGCAGCGGAGGUAGACCCUGACUUUGAGGAAGAGUGCCUGGAGUUUCAGCCCUCAGUGGACCCCGAUCAGGACGCCUCCCGAAGCAGGUUGCGGAAUGCCCAGGAAAAGAUGGUCUACUCCCUGGUCUCUGUGCCUGAAGGCAAUGACAUCUCCUCCAUUUUUGAGCUCGACCCCACCACGCUCCGUGGAGGUGACAGCCUUGUCCCAAGGAACUCCUAUGUCCGGCUCAGACACCUGUGCACAAAUACCUGGGUCCACAGCACAAACAUUCCCAUUGACAAGGAGGAGGAAAAGCCCGUGAUGCUGAAGAUUGGCACCUCUCCCGUGAAGGAGGACAAGGAGGCGUUUGCCAUAGUCCCAGUUUCUCCUGCUGAAGUUCGGGACCUGGACUUUGCCAACGACGCCAGCAAGGUGCUGGGUUCCAUUGCUGGGAAGCUGGAGAAGGGCACCAUCACCCAGAAUGAGCGCAGGUCUGUAACCAAGCUGCUGGAGGACUUGGUCUACUUUGUCACUGGUGGAACCAACUCUGGCCAAGAUGUGCUUGAAGUGGUCUUCUCCAAGCCCAACAGAGAACGGCAGAAGCUGAUGAGAGAACAGAAUAUUCUGAAGCAGAUCUUCAAGCUGCUGCAGGCCCCAUUCACAGACUGUGGGGAUGGCCCCAUGCUUCGCCUGGAGGAACUGGGGGACCAGCGGCAUGCUCCUUUCAGACACAUCUGCCGGCUCUGCUACCGGGUCCUGCGACAUUCGCAGCAAGACUACAGAAAGAACCAGGAGUACAUAGCCAAGCAGUUCGGCUUCAUGCAGAAGCAGAUCGGCUAUGAUGUACUGGCCGAGGACACCAUUACUGCCCUGCUCCACAAUAACCGGAAACUCCUGGAGAAGCACAUCACAGCGGCCGAGAUAGACACAUUUGUCAGYCUGGUGCGAAAGAACAGGGAGCCCAGGUUCCUGGAUUACCUCUCUGACCUCUGCGUGUCCAUGAACAAAUCCAUCCCAGUGACCCAGGAGCUGAUUUGCAAAGCUGUGCUGAAUCCCACCAACGCCGACAUCCUGAUUGAGACCAAGCUGGUUCUCUCUCGUUUUGAAUUCGAAGGCGUCUCCACCGGGGAAAAUGCUCUGGAGGCCGGGGAGGACGAGGAGGAGGUGUGGCUGUUCUGGAGAGACAGCAACAAAGAGAUUCGCAGUAAGAGCGUCAGGGAGUUGGCGCAGGAUGCCAAGGAAGGGCAGAAGGAGGAUCGCGAUGUCCUCAGCUACUACAGGUAUCAGUUGAACCUCUUUGCUAGGAUGUGUCUGGACCGCCAGUACCUGGCCAUCAACGAGAUAUCAGGCCAGCUGGAUGUGGACCUCAUCCUGCGCUGCAUGUCUGACGAGAACUUGCCCUACGACCUGCGAGCCUCCUUCUGCCGUCUCAUGCUCCACAUGCACGUGGACAGAGACCCCCAGGAGCAAGUCACUCCCGUGAAAUACGCCCGCCUCUGGUCCGAGAUCCCCUCGGAGAUCGCCAUUGAUGACUAUGACAGUAGUGGAGCAUCCCGAGAUGAAAUCAAGGAGAGGUUUGCUCAGACCAUGGAGUUUGUGGAGGAGUAUUUACGGGACGUGGUUUGCCAGAGGUUUCCAUUUUCUGAUAAGGAGAAGAAUAAGCUUACGUUUGAGGUUGUCAACUUAGCCAGGAACCUCAUAUACUUUGGUUUCUACAACUUCUCUGACCUCCUGCGGCUGACCAAGAUCCUCCUCGCCAUCUUGGACUGUGUGCACGUGACGACCAUUUUCCCSAUCAGCAAGAUGGCGAAAGGAGAAGAGAAUAAAGGCAGUAACGUGAUGAGGUCCAUCCAUGGAGUCGGGGAACUGAUGACCCAGGUGGUGCUCCGGGGAGGUGGCUUUUUGCCCAUGACCCCCAUGGCCGCUGCCCCUGAAGGCAACGUGAAGCAGGCGGAGCCGGAGAAGGAGGACAUCAUGGUGAUGGACACCAAGUUGAAGAUCAUCGAGAUCCUGCAGUUCAUUUUGAAUGUGAGGUUGGAUUAUAGGAUCUCCUGCCUCCUGUGUAUAUUUAAGCGCGAGUUUGAUGAAAGCAACUCCCAGACCUCGGAAACAUCCUCCGGAAACAGCAGCCAAGAAGGGCCCAGUAAUGUGCCAGGGGCUCUUGACUUUGAACACAUCGAGGAGCAAGCGGAGGGCAUCUUUGGAGGAAGUGAGGAGAACACYCCACUGGACCUGGACGAUCAUGGCGGCCGGACCUUCCUCCGCGUCCUGCUCCACCUGACCAUGCACGACUACCCGCCCCUGGUGUCCGGGGCCCUGCAGCUCCUCUUUCGGCACUUCAGUCAGAGGCAGGAGGUCCUCCAGGCCUUCAAGCAGGUUCAACUGCUGGUCACCAGCCAGGAUGUGGACAACUACAAACAGAUCAAACAAGACCUGGAUCAGUUGCGGUCCAUCGUGGAAAAGUCUGAGCUCUGGGUUUACAAAGGGCAAGGCCCCGACGAGACCAUGGAUGGUGUGUCUGGUGAAAACGAACAUAAGAAAACCGAGGAGGGGAAUAAGUCAGAAAAGCAAGAAAGCACCAGCAGCUACAACUACAGAGUGGUGAAAGAGAUUCUGAUCCGGCUCAGCAAGCUCUGUGUGCAGGAGAGUGCCUCUGUGAAGAAGAGUAGGAAGCAGCAGCAGAGGCUGCUGCGGAACAUGGGCGCCCACGCCGUGGUGCUGGAGCUGCUGCAGAUCCCCUAYGAGAAGGCUGAAGAUACCAAGAUGCAGGAGAUAAUGAGGCUGGCUCAUGAAUUUUUGCAGAAUUUCUGUGCAGGCAACCAGCAGAAUCAAGCAUUGCUGCAUAAACACAUAAACCUGUUCCUCAACCCAGGGAUCCUAGAAGCCGUGACCAUGCAGCACAUCUUCAUGAACAACUUCCAGCUCUGCAGUGAGAUCAACGAGAGGGUGGUCCAGCAUUUCGUCCACUGCAUCGAGACCCACGGCCGCAACGUCCAGUACAUCAAGUUCCUGCAGACGAUCGUCAAGGCUGAAGGGAAAUUUAUUAAGAAGUGCCAAGACAUGGUCAUGGCCGAGCUGGUCAACUCUGGAGAAGAYGUGCUCGUGUUCUACAACGACAGAGCCUCCUUCCAGACUCUGAUCCAGAUGAUGCGGUCUGAGCGGGACCGGAUGGACGAGAACAGCCCUCUCAUGUACCACAUCCACCUGGUGGAGCUGCUGGCCGUGUGCACCGAGGGCAAGAACGUGUACACGGAGAUCAAGUGCAACUCCCUGCUCCCGCUGGACGACAUUGUCCGUGUGGUCACCCACGAGGACUGCAUCCCCGAGGUUAAAAUCGCCUACAUUAACUUCCUCAACCACUGCUACGUGGACACGGAGGUAGAGAUGAAGGAGAUCUACACCAGCAACCACAUGUGGAAGCUGUUUGAGAACUUCCUCGUGGACAUCUGCAGGGCCUGCAACAACACAAGCGACAGGAAGCACGCAGACUCCAUCCUGGAGAAGUACGUCACGGAGAUCGUGAUGAGCAUCGUGACCACCUUCUUCAGCUCGCCUUUCUCGGACCAGAGCACCACUCUGCAGACUCGACAGCCUGUCUUCGUGCAGCUGCUGCAGGGCGUGUUCCGGGUCUACCACUGCAACUGGCUGAUGCCCAGCCAGAAGGCCUCCGUGGAGAGCUGCAUCCGGGUGCUCUCCGACGUAGCCAAGAGCCGGGCCAUUGCCAUUCCUGUGGACCUGGACAGCCAAGUCAACAACCUCUUCCUGAAGUCACACAACAUUGUGCAGAAAACGGCCAUGAACUGGCGCCUGUCAGCCCGCAAUGCUGCUCGCAGAGACUCUGUUCUGGCAGCUUCCAGAGACUACCGGAAUAUCAUCGAGAGACUGCAGGACAUUGUCUCGGCCCUGGAGGACCGCCUCAGGCCACUGGUACAAGCCGAGCUGUCUGUGCUCGUCGAUGUCCUGCACAGGCCCGAGCUGCUUUUCCCAGAGAACACAGAUGCCCGACGGAAAUGCGAAAGUGGUGGUUUCAUUUGCAAGUUAAUAAAGCAUACUAAACAGCUACUAGAAGAAAAUGAGGAGAAACUUUGCAUUAAAGUCCUACAGACCCUCAGAGAAAUGAUGACCAAAGAUAGAGGCUACGGAGAAAAGCUGCCACAAGCUCCGGAAUCCGAGAACGCCACAGAGCAGGAGCUUGAAUCAAGUCCACCCCUGAGACAACUGGAAGACCAUAAAAGGGGUGAGGCGCUCAGGCAAAUUCUGGUCAACCGUUACUAUGGAAACAUCAGACCUUCAGGAAGAAGAGAGAGCCUGACCAGYUUUGGCAAUGGCCCACUGUCACCAGGAGGACCCAGCAAGCCUGGGGGAGGAGGGGGAGGUUCAGGAUCCAGCUCCAUGAGCAGGGGUGAGAUGAGCCUGGCCGAGGUUCAGUGUCACCUUGACAAGGAGGGGGCCUCCAAUCUGGUCAUCGACCUCAUCAUGAAUGCGUCCAGUGACCGGGUGUUCCAUGAAAGCAUCCUCCUGGCCAUCGCCCUUCUGGAAGGAGGCAACACCACCAUCCAGCACUCCUUUUUCUGCCGGUUGACAGAAGAUAAGAAGUCGGAGAGAUUCUUCAAGGUCUUUUAUGACCGAAUGAAGAUGGCCCAGCAGGAAAUCAAGGCAACUGUGACUGUGAACACCAGUGACUUGGGAAACAAAAAGAAAGAUGACGAGGCGGACAGGGAGGCCCCGUCCCGGAAAAAAGCCAAAGAGCCUACGACGCAGAUAACAGAAGAGGUCCGGGAUCAGCUCCUGGAGGCCUCUGCUGCCACCAGGAAAGCCUUCACCACCUUCCGGAGGGAGGCUGACCCCGACGACCACUACCAGUCUGGGGAGGGCACCCAGACCACCACCGACAAGACCAAGGACGAGCUGGAGAUGAGCGCGGUCAUUACCAUCAUGCAGCCCAUCCUGCGCUUCCUGCAGCUGCUCUGCGAAAACCACAACCGAGACCUGCAGAACUUCCUUCGUUGCCAAAAUAACAAGACCAACUACAAUUUGGUGUGUGAGACGCUGCAGUUUCURGACUGUAUUUGUGGGAGCACAACUGGUGGCCUUGGGCUCCUUGGACUGUACAUCAACGAGAAGAAUGUCGCGCUUAUCAAUCAAACCCUGGAAAGUCUGACUGAAUACUGUCAGGGACCUUGCCAUGAAAACCAGAACUGCAUCGCCACCCACGAGUCCAAUGGCAUCGACAUCAUCACAGCCCUGAUCCUCAACGACAUCAACCCUCUGGGGAAGAAGCGCAUGGACCUCGUGUUAGAACUGAAGAACAACGCUUCCAAGUUGCUGCUGGCCAUCAUGGAGAGCAGACACGACAGUGAGAAUGCCGAGAGGAUUCUCUACAACAUGCGGCCAAAGGAGCUGGUGGAAGUGAUCAAGAAGGCUUACAUGCAAGGCGAAGUCGAAUUUGAGGAUGGAGAAAACGGUGAGGACGGAGCUGCCUCCCCCAGGAAUGUGGGGCACAACAUCUACAUAUUAGCACACCAGUUGGCUCGGCACAACAAAGAACUUCAGACCAUGCUGAAGCCUGGUGGCCAGGUGGAUGGAGAUGAAGCUCUGGAGUUCUACGCCAAGCACACGGCACAGAUCGAGAUUGUCCGAUUAGACCGAACGAUGGAACAGAUUGUCUUCCCAGUACCCAGCAUAUGUGAAUUCCUAACCAAGGAGUCAAAACUGCGAAUAUACUACACCACGGAGCGGGACGAGCAGGGUAGCAAGAUCAAUGACUUCUUCCUGCGCUCGGAAGACCUCUUCAACGAAAUGAACUGGCAGAAGAAGCUGCGAGCCCAGCCUGUCCUCUACUGGUGUGCCCGCAACAUGUCCUUCUGGAGCAGCAUCUCCUUCAACCUGGCCGUCCUGAUGAACCUGCUCGUGGCCUUCUUCUACCCAUUUAAAGGAGUGCGAGGAGGGACGCUGGAGCCACACUGGUCAGGCCUCCUAUGGACAGCAAUGCUCAUCUCCCUGGCCAUCGUCAUUGCCCUACCCAAGCCCCACGGCAUCCGGGCCUUGAUUGCUUCCACAAUUCUACGAUUGAUAUUUUCGGUCGGGCUGCAACCCACAUUGUUUCUGCUGGGAGCGUUCAACGUCUGCAAUAAAAUCAUCUUUCUAAUGAGCUUUGUGGGCAACUGUGGGACGUUCACCAGAGGCUACCGAGCCAUGGUUCUAGAUGUCGAGUUCCUGUAUCACCUGCUGUAUCUGUUGAUCUGUGCCAUGGGACUCUUCGUCCAUGAAUUCUUCUACAGUUUGCUGCUGUUCGAUUUAGUGUACAGAGAAGAGACUUUGCUUAAUGUCAUUAAAAGCGUCACCCGCAAUGGACGGUCCAUCAUCCUGACUGCGGUUCUGGCUCUGAUCCUGGUUUACCUGUUCUCGAUCGUGGGCUAUCUUUUCUUCAAGGACGAUUUUAUCUUGGAAGUAGACAGAUUGCCCAAUGAAACAGCUGUUCCAGAAACCGGCGAGAGUUUGGCAGGCGAGUUUCUGUACUCUGAUGUGUGCAGGGUGGAGACGGGGGAGAACUGUUCCUCUCCUGGACCCAAGCAAGAGCUGGUCCCUGUGGAAGAAACGGAACAGGAUAAGGAGCACACGUGCGAGACGCUGCUGAUGUGCAUUGUCACUGUCCUGAGUCAUGGGCUGCGGAGUGGGGGCGGAGUAGGAGAUGUGCUCAGGAAGCCAUCCAAAGAGGAACCUCUCUUUGCUGCAAGAGUGAUCUAUGACCUCUUGUUCUUCUUCAUGGUCAUCAUCAUCGUCCUGAACCUUAUUUUUGGUGUCAUCAUUGACACCUUUGCUGACCUGAGAAGUGAAAAGCAGAAGAAAGAAGAGAUCUUAAAGACGACAUGCUUCAUCUGUGGCCUGGAGAGAGACAAGUUUGACAACAAGACGGUCACCUUUGAGGAGCACAUCAAGGAAGAGCACAACAUGUGGCACUAUCUGUGCUUCAUCGUGCUGGUCAAGGUGAAGGACUCCACCGAGUACACUGGGCCCGAGAGCUACGUGGCAGAGAUGAUCAAGGAAAGAAACCUUGACUGGUUCCCCAGGAUGAGAGCCAUGUCCUUGGUCAGCAGCGAUUCCGAAGGAGAACAGAAUGAGCUGAGGAACCUGCAGGAGAAGCUGGAAUCCACCAUGAAGCUUGUCACUAAUCUCUCUGGACAGCUGUCAGAAUUAAAGGACCAGAUGACAGAACAAAGGAAGCAGAAACAAAGAAUUGGUCUUCUAGGACAUCCGCCUCACAUGAAUGUCAACCCACAGCAACCAGCAUAAGCAAAUGAGAGAGGAACUAUAUUGACCUUUUUUAAUUAUUAUUAGCGUGGGUAUGGCUAAUUAGUUCUGAUUCACCCACUAAGUGACAUUUAUGCUUAGUAUAUUUGUAAAUAACUCAGUUUUAUACUGUAUGUAUAUGAUUGCUACUCUAAAGGUUUGGAUAUAUAUGUAUUGUAAUUAGAUUUGUUGAACGGCAUGAUGACAUUUCAUUUGUGCCAAAAAUAUUAAAAAUGCCUUUUUUGGAAGGACUAAAGAAAGCACCUGAUUUGCACUUGAACCAGAUUAUAGAUUUAAAAGCAUAUGACAUGUAUUUUUUAUUUAAAACUAGAAUAGCCAGUAUUUAUGUUUUUUAUAAAACUGUGCAAUAUGAAUUACGCAAUCACAAUAAGUCUGUAACUCCCCAGUGUCCUACAGGGAGUGCACAUCUUUGAAGCUGGUGUGUUAAUACUAUGUAAUAAAUGGUUAAAUAUCAAAUGAUGCUGCUGCCAAAAUUAUAUUACUAGUGAGUUUCAGGCCCCUGGGCAUUUUGUACCAUGUAAUUAUCCUACGGUGAAGCUGUUUGUCAUAGCUAGUGGCAUCCGUGCCUGACAACGCUCCAUGUCUAUCAGCUGUUCAGCGGGCGUUCAUUUUAAGAAACGCAACUUUAGUUUCAAGAAUACUUUAAGCUUCUAAAUUGAUCACUUAUUAAACUCUUUCUUUAAAUCAGAGGCCACAGUAGAUGCUCACUACUGUAGCUUGUGAGGAAUGAUGUUUUUAAAGGGAACUUUUUACACAACGUUGGGAAUCAUCGUCAUCUCCUGGGUGAGUUUGGAUGUCACGGGAUAGAGAAAYGAGGACUGGAUGGUUUCUAGAGUAUUAGUCCAAACGGUUUUUCCUUCAUCCAAACCAACAUGCCCUUGUAGCUAAAAUAAUUAAAAGUAUAUACAGCCACAUGAAGGUGAAAUGGGAACUAGCCCCUUAGAACCCAGAGUUGAACACUUGACAUGUUAUUCUUCUGGAAGAGCCACGUUGUGAUUUUCUUUCUGUGUCACAUGAUUUCUUUUUGGGAUGGAUGGAAAGUAUGAAAGGAAACUUUUAUACCUGUUGCCUAGUUUUGUACAUGGGUCUCAUUUUACUAAAGAAUCUCUCUGCAAAAAUGUUUUAAAAAAUGUAUUGAAAGCAGAGUUCUGAAAUGAGUCAAGUUUGUAAAUGCAUAUAUGAAAGUAUUUAAUAAAUGAUGCAGAAUCA